AUGGCCCGAUUUCCUACUCCUUCCAGCGAUCCCCCGAAGAAGGAGAUGCAAUACUUCCCUGACAUGACCACGGCCCUGCCGUCGGAGUCGGGCGAAUUUCGACGCGUGCUUUGGACUGGUCUCUACUCGCAGUUGGUGCUUAUGACCAUCCCGGUAGACGGAGACAUUGGUGAAGAAGUACACACCGUCGACCAGAUUCUCACCUUCACAUCUGGCAAGGGCCUCGCUCAAGUCGGUGGUAAAGAGCAGGAGGUCAAGGCUGGCGAUAUGGUUAUUGUCCCGGCCGGAACGAAGCACCAGUUCUUGAACAAGGGACCCACGCCACUGAUCUUGUACACCGUCUACUCGCCAGCUGAACAUAAGCCGACGACAGUCCACGAGACCAAGGAGCAGGGCGACAGAGAAGAGGAGGACGGUAUCGACGUUGCUCCGGCGUGGAGCCAACGCAGUAAGGAGCAGAACGAAAAGGAAGGUUGGGUAAAGGGCGAGUAG